AUGGAUUCAUCUCCGGAACCGAUCAAAGAAGUUUGGCAACAUUUAUUCGUACCGGAUGAGUUGAUUCAGGCCCUUGUUAAGGCUCAAUUUCAUCAGCCAACUCCCAUUCAAGCUUGUGUACUUCCCGCAGCCAUUCGAGAUCGUUCGGAUAUUUUGGGUUCCGCCCCGACAACAACUAAAGACCCCACCGUUGAUUCGGUACACUCGGACAGUGAAAAUCCUGCGUGUGUGGAAGAAGCCAUGGAUGUGGUUGUUGCACCGGACGAUACAGUGCCAAACAGUGCCGAUACUGAAUCGACUUCAAAAAAGCGGAAAAACAAAAAAAAGAAGUCGCCAUUUGAUGCACAGAUUGACUUAUCAUUCAACCGGGACAACUAUUUGAAUCUAGCAGUAAUCGAAGAACUGGAUGCGGACACUGGGGAAGUCAAAGCGGUUCACUCGCUAGCAGACGGGCCAUUGACCGAAUACAGUGUGUGCUCGUCUGCCUCAGUGGGAACAAAAAUCCAAACCGGGGAUCCUAAAUGUGGUCGCGUUUAUGCCUUAGUUUUACUCCCGACUCGAGAACUGGCUCUUCAGGUGCGUCAACAUUUGCGCAUGUUGGCGGAGUUUGUGAAACCCCGUAUUCGGAUCGAGGCCAUCGUGGGUGGAAUCUCCGUGCAAAAACAAUCACGUCUUCUAAGCUACAAACCGCAUGUGAUCGUGGCAACCCCGGGCCGACUGUGGCAAUUCAUACAACAGGAAGAUCCGCAUCUGUGUACCGUGCGUGAAGCAAAUUUUAUGGUUGUGGACGAAGCAGACAAACUAGUUGAGGCAAAUCAUUUUGAGGAUCUUCGGGAACUGUUCACCUGGCUUCACGCUGACACAACCGGCACAGGCGAGAACAAAUCGAGCUCCGAUGCACGCAUGCAACACGUCAAACGACGUCAGACUGCGGUGUUCUCGGCCACACUGACGUUUGUGCACAGGGGUGCUUUAAAACCGGGCACCGGUGCCAAGCACAGAAAGCAAUGGUCCUCCGGGCGAAAUGGACUAACGAAAGAACUCAAGUUAAGUGCUCUUCGUGACUUGUUUGGUUUGAGUCCUCGUGCCAAGGUCUUCGACUUAUCCUCAACAUCAGAGAAUGAGGUGCCGAGCUUAGACGUGACUGCAGCACCGCCGCCACCACAGGAAGUCCAUACCGCUUCUGUGGCCUGUCCGGAGGGAUUGCAAGAAUAUCGAUUUUUGUGCUCGGAUCAACCGUCGAAAGAUAUGCGUCUAUUUUGGUUUCUCGCGUUCGGUCGUCACCAGCCUGUGACUGGAGCACUUUCUUCUCCGAACACGGGCAAUCAACGCUGUUUGAUUUUCAUCAAUAGCAAGUCCGGUGUGCGUCGUCUGGCCGGUGUGAUGCGACAGUUGACAGAAGGAAAUGCGUUCGCUGUGUCCGACUAUCCCCGACCGCAGUACGUUAAUGUGCUGCAUGCAGAUAUGUUGCAGAAACAACGACUUCGAGCCCUGGAGCGUUUUCAAUCCGAUCCGAAUGGGAUCCUAUUGGCCAGUGAUGUUGCAUCGCGUGGUUUGGACUUGGCCUCAAUGGGAAGUCUGAACAGUGGUGACGGAGGCAUAGCUUGGGUGGUACACUUUGACGUGCCACACACGGCCGAAUUGUACAUCCAUCGGCGUGGCCGCACCGCUCGAGCUUAUCGAACCGGGACCAGUGUUCUGUUUGUUUGCCCCAAUGAAAUCCCUCUGUGGAGGCGUUUGGCACUCAGUCUGAAACGAAUAGAUCUGGACCUGACGGACUUUCCGUUAGAGCCUACGCAAUUCCAACUGACUGCUUGCGAAAAAAUUGUGGAGUUGGCCAGACGACUAGAUUUAACUGCACACACGGCAUCGCGUAAAAAGGCGAACGACGAUUGGUUCUCACAGGCUGCGAAAAGUGCCGACAUCCUGCUCGAGUCCGAUGAGGACAACGAGGAUGUUUAUGACGAGCUACCUAAAUCAAAGAGACGAAAGCUGGAAGUGACCGAGGCAAAACGCCAAGUCGCCAUUGCUCGUGCCGAUCUACAGCAGGUGAGCUGUUGCAUCAUACUCUCACAUGAUCUGCGCGUGUGUGUGUGUGUCUGUGUGUUUUCCGGUUCCAUUCUUUCUUAG